UAUGUUCUCGGUCACACACACAAGAAAAACAACAAUCGCUCUCUACAAUGGCGGAAAGGUUCUCUAGCGGCGAGGCUCAAUAUUGGCCCAUGUACGGUAGCUCCCCUACCAGCACCAACGUUAGCAAUGGCGGCCCCAUCGCGUCGUUUGUCCAUCAGCUCCGAUCUCAUUCACCAACCUCCUCGCAGCUCUUUGGUUACCUCGCUCUCCUCAUUUCCAGCGGAAUCCUCCUCUUCCUCCUUGGCGUAAGCGUCACCGCAGCCGUGCUCGGUUUCAUCGUGUUUCUUCCAUUGAUCGUCAUCUCGAGUCCCAUCUGGAUUCCCGUUUUUGUCCUCGUUGGCGGGUUCUUAACGGUCUCGGGAUUUCUUGUCGGAACGGUGGCGGUAGUGUCGUGGACGUACCGCUAUUUCCGAGGAAUGCACCCGGUUGGAUCAAACCAGAUGGAUUAUGCACGUAGUCGGAUCUAUGACACGGCCUCCCACGUUAAAGAUUACGCUAGAGAAUACGGUGGUUACUUCCAUGGCAGGGCUAAAGAUGCGGCACCUGGUGCUUGACCUGAACCGGUUGGUAUAGUCUGGUUCAGGGUAGAAUUAACAGAUCCGGGUUCAAUUUAUGGAGGAGUAACACGGUUAAUUAAUGGUAAGAGAUUACAUUUUGUUUUUUUUUUGUUUCCGUUUUUAUAAGAAGAAAAAGAAUAUCUGGUAAUGUACAAGCUUUUGUGUCCGUAAUAACUUGAAAUGUAAUAUUUUGUUUGCGAGUUUUUUUUUCCACAUUUUUUUUGGGAGACGUUUGUAUAAUCAAAUGUCUUUCAGUUAUGUUUGAAUAAUUUAUUUCGAUAAAUGA